AUGGAGAACGGAGCGCCGCAAAACGAGGGCAGGGACCCAUCCGGAUUCCUCAGCCAGAUCAUCGGAAACGCGGUGACCGUCAAGCUCAAUUCAGGCGUCGUUUACAAGGGCGAGCUCCAGUCUGUCGAUGGGUACAUGAACAUCGCGCUCGAGAAGACCGAGGAGUAUGUCAACGGCCAGAAGAGGCGGUCCUACGGGGACGCUUUCGUGAGAGGAAACAACGUCAUGUACAUCUCUGCCGACUCGUAG